UUAAGUAUAAAUCGGUUAAUAAUUCCUAAGUCGUUAAUGCGUAUCGUUCAGCCUGGAUUUUUGCAUAUCAACCGCUUAUUAUCACUUUGUAUAUUUCGAAAUAAGGGGAAAAUCUUUCAUGGAGUGAUAAAAGGUUAUCAGCAACGCCAGCAGUUUUAUUCGACAAUGGCUGACAAAAGUGCGUUGGUUAUUUUGGCGGAAGGAGCCGAAGAAAUGGAAGCAGUUAUAACGAUCGAUGUUCUUCGAAGAGCUGGUGUCAAGGUAACUGUAGCAGGUUUGAUUGGUUGUGGUCCUGUGAAAUGCGCUCGCCAAACUAUAAUUACACCUGAUGUCGCGCUUUCCGAUGUAGCUGGCAAUAAGUUCGACGUUGUAGCUCUGCCAGGUGGCCAACCAGGAAGCAACACAUUGGCUAGGUCGGAUUUGGUGGGAAAGAUAAUUCAAGAACACCAUAAAAAUGGUCGAUUUAUUGCAGCUAUUUGUGCUGCACCAAUUGCAUUAAAAAGUCACGGCAUAGCUACGGGAUGUGCUUUAACAUCACAUCCUGUUGUCGAAAAAGCUUUGGUCGAUGCUGGAUACAAAUAUUCCACUGAUAGAGUCGUUGUUUCCGAUAAGAUUGUGACAAGUCGUGGCCCAGGAACUGCUUUCGAUUUCGCUCUUAAACUUGUUGAAUUAAUAAUUGGCCCGGAUAAAGCUGAAGAAAUAUCAGCUGCGAUGGUAUUGCGGAAUUAA